AUGAGCUUUUUGAUUUGGGAGUCCUGGGCUGAACUCGCACGGGAAGAUACGCCAUCACCAGAUACACCAGUGACAAUCACAAAUGUCGCCCUAACCCCCAUUGUCAACACCACUAUCACAUACAACAAUCGGUUUGUGUGUAAUAGCAGUGCGAACAGCGCUCUAAACAUAUCGUCUGUCCUAACCUCGGGUCACACGACAGCCGCCAUCACUUGCAAUGGACUGACUGCUCACACAAAUGACGUGUCAUUUAUCGCACACCAAUCCCAGCGCGUGUCGAUCACUAACAUAACGGUUGGUCACUACCAAGCGGUCAACACCUUUACCUAUGGUAUUGUCUUGAUCAAUAUGAUUAUUUGA